AUGAUUCCUCAAAAGUCGGCAACCUCUUACAACCAUUACAUUCACGCAUCAACCACUAAUCGGUCCAAUGCUUCCCGUGUUAUCGAUGCCCGUUUAGCCACUACCGAUAACGACCUCCUCGCCGAGAUUGGCUACAAGCCCGAACUCAAACGGCACUUUAGUACCUUGCAAGUGUUUGGGGUUGCCUUCUCCAUCAUGGGGCUCCUUCCCUCUAUCUCCUCUGUGCUUGGAAUUGCACUCACAGGUGGCACUGUGGGUAUGAUCUGGGGCUGGUUUGUAGCGUCUAGCUUUAUUCUCCUCAUUGGUAUUGCAAUGGCCGAAUUGGGCUCGGCGAUGCCUACUUCCGGGGGGCUUUACUACUGGACCAAUUACUAUGCCGAUGAUAAAUGGCGCAAGGCGUUAUCGUACCUCGUUGGCAAUACCAACUCCCUUGCCUUGGUGGGUGCAUUGUGCUCUGUCGACUACGGGUUUGCGUCAGAAAUCCUCUCAAUCGUGGUUAUUUCUCGAGAUGGUGACUUUGUCAUCACGCCUGCCAAGACCUACGCGGUGUUUGCUGCGUGCGUGGUGAGCCAUAUCUUUAUCACCUGCUCGGCUUCCUCAAAGGUAUCCCGUCUUCAAACGUUUUCGGUGGUCUGUAAUCUUGCGUUGGUUUUCUUUUUCAUCAUUGCUCUUCCUAUCGGAACCGCUAGGUCUUCGACCGAAUCUUUUAACGACGCAAAGUAUAUUUUUGGAAGCAUGGAGACGUUUAGUGGGUGGACGCCCGGGUGGCAGUUUGCCUUGUGCUGGAUGCCGGCGAUCUGGACCAUCGGGGCGUUCGACUCCUGCGUGCACAUGUCGGAAGAAGCCAAAAAUGCCACCAGGGCCGUUCCUAUUGGGAUUAUUGGCUCCAUUUCCGCGUGUUUUGUCCUUGGCUUGGUUAUUUGCAUCGUUGUCGGGGCCUGUAUUACCACUGAUAUCAGCUCUGUUAUCGAUACCGAUUUUGGACAGCCCAUGGCCCAGGUUAUCUUCAACGCGUUGGGCAAGAAAUGGGCAAUGGCCUUUAUGGCUUUGAUCGCCUUUUGUCAGUGGUUGAUGGGUGCCUCCAUCUUGACCGCCAUUUCCAGACAGAUCUGGGCAGCCGUGGUUUUUGGGGGUCUCGCUGCUUUGGUUAUGGGCUUGUUGUGUCUCAUUGGCCCUACUGCGUCCAACGCUUUGUUUUCUUUGGCUGUUUCGGGUAAUUAUUUAGCUUGGGGCACGCCAAUUUUCUUGCGGUUGACGUUUGGAAGGGAUAAGUUCGUUCCGGGAAAGUUUUAUAUGGGAAAGACCUGGAGCCCGGUUAUCAGCUGGACAGCGUGUGCGUUCCUUUUAUUCAUUAUCAUCAUGGUCCAAUUCCCAUCCCUGCCCCAAGUCGGGAAGGAAACGAUGAAUUACACGUGUGUGAUUACCCCAGGUGUAUUGAUCUUGUCCGCCAUUUACUAUAUGGUAUAUGCGAAACGCCACUACCGUGGUCCGUGUAAUACUAUUGAUGAUGACGUUAUUUACGGUUCUGAGGUGGACCUAAACUCCGGUUCCCUUGAGAUGGGGGAGAAAAAGCACUAG